AACCUAAGGAUGCUUGUGACUCGUUCCAAGUUUUCAGAUGUAUGGAACUUAUUGAGAAAACACUGUUUAAGGAAUAGCCAACCGGUUCUUGUAUUUGUUACUAGCACAGUCGACGCUUUAUGCAGUUGCAAGAUCCUAACCGAGCUUUUAAAGUGCGAUUUUAUUUCUUUUCAAUUAUAUCCAGUAUUUAGUUAUGCUCAUUUGAAACAAUUAUUCUUGGAAAUAGAAGAAAAUGGAACGUACUGGGAGUUUUCUCUGUUUAUAGAACUAGGAGCAACAGUCGACUUGUUGCAACUUUUGCAGUGGAAAGAGAGCGAAAUGUCCAAAUACCUAUUGGUAUGGGAUACCCAAAGACCUUAUCAUUUACGCAACUUGGAUAGCAAAUAUGUAUUUCUAUUUGAUAGGCAUAGUCAAGAGUCUUGGGCCAAACAAGUGAAGACAUUACCUUUUGUAGGAUUAGAGAAUGAAUAUGGUUUGGUACUUCAGUCAAGUUCUUUGGAAGAAACAACUUUAUACGAAGAAAAUGAGACCGAUGUAACUGAUGAAGAAGUCGUUGCCUCUGUGGAAUGGGAUAAUGAAUCUUGUGCUUCUCCUCUUUGGGACCGUUUAGAAGACAUAAGUAAUGGAUUUUUUGGAGAACAAAUUUCAUCAACGAAUAGCAAUAGAAUAACAGAACAUAGUUUGAUGGAUUCAGAGGACUACGAUCGUAGUUUGGAGCGUACAAGAGAAGCAUUGCAAUAUUAUGCAAAGCCAGAAUGGGAUGCUUGUUCAUCUUCUAUUUUAACUUAUGUACUUGCAAGGGAUAUGAACCAAGGCACUAUCUCUCAUUUAUGGUUGGCUAUAUUAGGAUUGACCGAUCAUUUUUUGGAUAAUCGUAUAUGGAAGGGAGACUAUGAAAUGCAGAUAUCAUUUUUAAAAGCAGAAUUGGAAAGAUAUCAAUCAACAACAACAAAUACAGAAGACUCAUCUCCUAUAGGAAUGCUUUCUACUAGUUGUAGUUGGGACAAGGAAAAUGAAAGGAGUGAUUAUGGCGACAAGUCUCGAGUCAUUUAUAGUAUUGAAUGGAAAAUUGAAUUGAUGCGACUUUGGACAUUUUAUGAUUCCUUGAUGCAUAGUUGUUUGUUUGUUAGUCGUCUUGCUACUUGGAAACAAAAAGGUCAACGUGAUAUUUUAGAGAUGUUGGCAAUAUUAGGAAUCCCCUUAAAAGAUGCCAAACAAACCUGGAAUCAUAUGGACGUGAGAUGUAAACGAUUGUUGCAAUCCAAGUUUUCAGUGGCCUGUCGUCAUUUUGGAUUGGACGAUAUUUCCUUUCCUUCUUUUAUACGAGUAUUUGCGGAUGGUAGUUGUUUUUCAGCAAUGGAUAUGGUAUUGUCUAUUCGUGCAUUAUUUUUGGGCAAUGGAAGAGAGUGUAUGGAUUCCUUUUGGAAAGCUUACGAGUCCCUUGUUGAUUCCAUUGUACUCUUUGAAGGCUUACAGAGAGCCAUCUACAUUCGACGAUAUUUAGUAGAAGAAGUUGCUCAAGUAGCGGACAGACAGCGGAUACUUUCUUGCAAACAUUUUCGAUAUAUAUUAUGGAAAGAAUGUUCGGUCAACAUGAAAUGCUUGUUACUUUCACCGUUGUACAGAUCUUUUUCCGUCAUGAUUGGUGAGACUAUACAACAGAGAAAUAUCUUUUCUUCCAAAAAGCCUUUAUUAUUCUUAGCAAAAGUUUCAUCAGAUGUAUGGCAAGUUUGGUGGUUGACGUUGGUAACCCAUUCUACUGUAUCUCCUUUCUUUCUUCAUUUACAGCAGACUAUAUUAGAAUUGCUUCCUCAUAUUGAGAUGGCCAUGUUGAGAAACGUUGCGGCAUUGAUUUGCUAUGAUCACAUUGAUUGGUGGACAGUGAAUCUUUUUAGCGUCCGAGUGGUUAUGUCUAUUGCUAGUAUAGAAAAAUUAUCCAUAGCACAACUCUGUCACUUUCCUAGCAACUCACAAGUUGUUACGAAAAGAUAUGAACAUGUUUUGCCUUUUCAGUUUAUUCAAGAGACUAGUGCUACAAGUGAGGAAUAUAGAACUGGAUUGGAAGACGAUUCCCCUCUUGAACGAAACUUGGUUCCAGUAGUUAGUAAAAAGGAGUUUUCUUUAAGAAUCAGUACUCGUGAGACGCUUUGUUGUGAAAAGACUAAUCAGGAUAGUUUGUAUAACAAAGAUAGAACACAAGACAUGAUGCAAAGACGAUGUGUUCGUACAAGUACAUUAUGGAAACAACGGGACCAAAUGAGAAUGAAACAAACCUAUGAAUUCUUACUCGAGAAAGAAAGAAAGUUACAAGAAAAGAUACAUAGAGAUCUAUCCUCACUAUUGCAUGGCGAUGAUCAGUUACGAGAGUUGGUCAAGUCUAUUUGUCCCGAUAUUCAAGAAAAUGGUUUGACAAGUCAUUUACCCUUAUUAAAAGGAAGUGCUUGGAAUUUAUUGAAGAGAAAACGUCAUCCUAUUAUUCGCAGAGCAUCUCCCGGGACAUUGUCACAGUUAUCAACUCAAGCAUUGCAAAAGAGAAGAAACUUACAAAAAAAUGCUUCCAAACAAAGGAUUGCAGACUUUGAUAGGAAAAGAAUGGAUUUGUUGAGAUGGAACUGUAAGAUAUUGGAAUUGUUAUGGAAACAAUAUUAUUCGUCCAUUUAGAAGAUGGGAUAGGUUGAUGAUAGUGGGAUAAGGGAUACGUAUUCUGGGUUACUUGAGGUUUUUUCUUUCUG